CUACCAAUGGGUUUCUCAGUACAGAAUUCCGAAACCGGUGAGGUUAGCUACAUUCAAACAGAUGGCGGCCAAAUCCACCAACUAAGCUAUGACGCCGAAACGGGCGAACCUAUUAAUGGCAAAUUUAGGGUGCGCUAUAAAAAACAGAAAAAUUUCCAAAUACCCAAAAAACUGCUGCGUGGUUCGCUAUGCGAAGAAUUCGAAAAACAAAUGCUCGGACGCAGUGAGGAGAUAUAUCAGGAGCCGUGCGCCAGUAUUAGCAAAGAAUCAACAACAACACCAUCCGUACAAACGAUUAAACCGAAACCGAAAUUGGCAUCGAAAGCAAAAUCCUAUAAUCGUGAUGAUUUCAUCAAUAUGGAAGGAGUCUCAAAUGACAUCAUAUUGGGUUACAACAAAUCCAAUUAUCGUAUGUUAUUGCUGCCUACCAUAUUCUUUUUCAAUGUCUAUGCGGCUCUUAUUGUCAUGAUAUUGGAAAUUUUCUUUCAUUUUUGGGCCCACUUUAAGAACGGCGUUAACAUGAACAAGGAGGUCUACUAUCGCAGUCCAUUGCAUGUCAUGACCUCACAAUUUUGUGCCAGAUGUCGUUCUGAAUCGGAAAUGGAAGCAAGCAUUUUUCGCGAUCUUAAUAAACAGAUGAGGCUGGCACGACAAUCGAAAACUCUUAAAGAUGUCUCGAAGGCAAUUGGUUGAG